AUGACUGCCGAGUCCAUCAACGACAUGAACCAGAGCUCCAUAAUGAGGCGGAGGAGCAUGCCACACGCAUACGCUGAUGGCGCCCCGCCCAUACCGCGUCGCAUGUCUACUGCCACCUCUGGCGACACCAUGACUUUCGGCGGAAACGUCGGUAACCUAUCUAGCUACCACUUCGGCGCCCAGCCCCCCAUGCCCCCAGGUUUCCCAACUGUCGACAACGCACACCUCGGCAUGCCGAACCAGAUGCCUACCUACAUGACCGAUGGCUCGGGCUACACCUCCAUGUCACCCGAUUUAAUGGGCAGCAUGAUACCUUCCACCUUUGCUAACAUGAAUAUGGAGACCAUGGGAGUCAACCCGCAUGCCAUGUCCAUGUUCCCUCCCGCUGCCAGCGCGUCCAUGGGACCCUCCUACGCUCCGGCUCAGCUGGAUCCCGUAACCAACGACUUCUCCAUGUCCAUUACCUCGGACCCCGUACCCCUGAGUACCGCCCCGCCGCCGCCCUCGACCGCCGCGGGAUCCAUGAGUGAAGCGGCUGAGAGUCUGAUGACGUCGAGCCACGCCUUCGCGCCCCUUGGCACCCACACCCCCCAGGACCAGUCAUCUUCGGUAGCAGGCGCCGGCCUUGAACCUCCCGUGUCUUCAUACAGACAGAACGUCCCGUCGCCACUUUCACAGCAAGCUGUUUCGGCAUCUUCCUUCAACACGGCAGACACCCAGCGCACGGGCUCCACCUCCGGAUCCAAUACACCAGUAAACGGUCCUGCUCCCCGGCCUGUCCUGAGCGAACCUGACAAGGAGAAAAACAUCUAUUCUAAGAGCGGUUUCGAUAUGCUCAAGGCAUUGUGGCUGGUGGCGACUCGCGAGGACCCAAAGAUCCAUCUGGGCGCUGUCGACAUGUCAUGCGCCUUUGUCGUCUGCGAUGUCACCAUGAGUGACUGCCCUAUCGUCUACGUGUCGGAUAACUUCCAGAACCUCACCGGCUACAGUCGCCACGAGAUCGUCGGCAAAAACUGCCGCUUUCUCCAGGCCCCCGACGGCAAGGUCGAGGCUGGAUCGAAGCGCGAGUUUGUCGAUGACGGCGCCGUCUUCAAUCUCAAGACCAUGAUCCAAGAAGGUCGUGAGGUACAGCAGAGCCUCAUCAACUACCGCAAGGGCGGAAAGCCCUUUCUCAAUCUGCUCACCAUGAUCCCCAUUCCUUGGGACACCGAUGAGAUUCGGUACUUUAUCGGCUUUCAGAUCGACCUGGUCGAAUGCCCUGAUGCCAUCGCGUCUGGCCAGGAACUUGGCCGCGUCCAGGUCAACUACAAGCACAGCGACAUUGGACAGUACAUAUGGAACCCACCGACGUCGUCCCAGUGGGAGCCCGACAACAGCCAGACGCUCGGCGUCGAGGACGUGUCGACGCUUCUACAGCAGUUCAAUCCCAAGGGUCUCUCUGAUGUACACAGGCAGUCGUGGGACAAGAUGCUGCUGGAGAACUUGGACGAUGUUGUCCACGUACUCUCCCUCAAGGGCCUGUUCCUCUACCUAUCACCCUCUUGCAAGCGCAUCCUAGAGUACGACACUUCUGACCUCGUCGGAAACUCCCUGUCCACCGUCUGCCACCCAUCCGACAUUGUGCCGGUGACGCGAGAGUUAAAGGAAGCCUCGAGCGGUAGCCCUGUCAACAUCGUAUUCAGGAUACGACGUAAGAACAGCGGAUACUGCUGGUUUGAGAGUCACGGCUCGCUGUUUGUUGAGCAAGGAAAGGGCCGCAAAUGCAUCAUCUUUGUUGGGCGCAAACGUCCCGUCGUUGCCCUGAGCAGACGGAGCCUGGAAGCCCACGGGGGUAUCGGCGAUAGCGAGCUGUGGACCAAGCUGUCCACCUCAGGCAUGUUCCUCUACGUGUCGUCGCACAUCAGGCCGCUUCUAGACCUGCAGCCGGAGGCGCUUGUCGGCACGAGCAUACAGGAUCUCAUGCGUAAGGAGACGCGGGCCGAUUUUGGGCGCUCUAUAGAAAAGGCUCGCCGAGGCCAGAUUGUCACCUGCAAGCACGAAGUCCAGAACCGUCGCGGCCAGGUCCUGCAGGCGCAGACAGUUCUCUACCCGGGCGAUGCCCUGGAGGGAGAGAAACCGUCAUUCCUGCUGGCGCAGACGCGGCUGCUCAAGGUCUCGUCGCGGAGCAUUGCCCCCGCGGGAAGUGCUAAGUCGGGCUCCGUCGCGGCCCAUUCUGACACACAGAAGCCUGCUCACGGCCAGAUCUCGCAACCGGCGGGUGCGCAGGUCGGCCCUGGCAAUCAGGAUGUGGCGCUGGCGUCGGACGACAACAUGUUUGACGAGCUGCGCACGACCAAGUGCUCCAGCUGGCAGUUUGAACUCAGACAGAUGGAGAAGAUCAACCGGAUCCUGGCCGAGGAGCUUGGAGGGCUCCUGUCCAACAAGAAGAAGCGGAAGCGGAGAAAGGGCGUGGGCAACAUUGUGCGCGACUGCGCCAACUGCCACACGAGGAAUACACCCGAAUGGCGACGCGGGCCCAGCGGGCAGAGAGAUCUGUGCAACAGCUGUGGUCUACGCUGGGCGAAGCAGACCGGAAGGGUUUCACCACGCAACUCUCGCGGCGGCAACACGGUAGACGGGCAGAGCAAGAGGUCCAACUCUCCCGCUUACUCGUCACCCCUGCACCGGGACAUGUCCAGCAACUCACCCAACCCAGCAAAUGCUGCUGGCACCGGCGGCAGCAGCGGCACAGGUGCAGACGGCAACAUGCUUAACUCCACACCGCUGGCGGGGAAAGUCUCGGCGGUGACACCGAUGACGGCCGCGAGCGGAGCAGCAUCAGCUUUGGUGUCAGCGACUAUGCCGCCGCCUAGUCAGUCAUCCAUGACUGGUUCCGGGCCUACCGGGGGGCAGUCCAUGACUUCUAUCCGCGAGGAGCACGAGCAUAGCCAUGCUGCUUGA